CAGGUUUAUUUACACUUUCUGUCUGUGGCUAAACUCAUGUUUAUAUUUUAGUCCAGUUUGAAGACGUGUUGGUAAAGUUCAAUCUUGACAAACUUUGAGUAACGUUCCAGAAAUGUUGUGGUAAUGUCCUAAAGACGUCGCUUAAACGUUCCAUUAAAGACGUUAUAGCAGCAUGAUCCCCUGAUCUAUUUAUACGAGUUGACGCUGUCAUAAUUAUAUUAUUUUUGUAGAGACAGUCAAUAUGUCUUUUGGAUACCAUACUUAAUUGACAAAAUCUCUGUCAACAAAAGGAAAAUGUACCACAUCUGCUAAAUAUUUUACUCGAGUAAAUGGUGAUAUACAAAUUUUUUUUUUUUUUUUUUUUUGAAUGGGCGUUUGAGACAAAUAAAUUGUUUAACAUUUAAUAGUUCUGCAGAGAAUUGGAUACCAUUAAAAUAAAGAAUAAAUAACAAUAAAAUAAAUAGCUAAAUAAACAUCAGUACAGUUUAGUAUCAGUCAAAUUCUGACCAUUAAAAUAAAGAAUAAAAAUAAAAUAAAUAACUAAAUAAACAUCAGUACUGUUUAGUAUCAGUCAAAUGCUGACCAUUAUAAGAAUAAAUAAAAAUAAAAUAAAUUCUUUUUGCACACUACAUUGUUAAAUUUGCACACGAGAAGUCUUCCGUGAGGCAACCUGAGGUAAAUUUAUAUAUUCCCUUUAGUAUAUUUAUUCCUGUUUACUGUCCCAGUUCGUGAGUACAUUAAAACAUAAGAGAUGUUGGCCUUUAACCUGUACCAGCCUGGACCAAAAUCUAUAGUUUAUAACUUUAAUUAGAUUCAGUUAAACUUGCUAUAGUUUGUUUGCUAUUUUACAUCCCGUGCACCAGUGUGAAGACAUCAUUUUCCACAUUUGGCUGUUUACUCGUAAGAUUCCUCAUGGGAUUUUAAAAACAGAAGAAAAAAAGGACAACAUGUUUUGUUUAUAUAACAAUGUUUCACCCAACUAAAAUCAACAUUUGGCCAAGAAUCUAACAUCAACCCUGGUUAUCUACAGGUAAGGUGGUACUUAAAGGUGCACUCAGUAACUUUUUGCUUGUGUCAUCUUGGACUUACAGUGACACCUAGUGGUGUGGAUGCUGCAUCAUUCAAAAUCAAGUUUUUAGUUACAGAUGCCAUUGUAGAAAUUCACUAUUCACAAUCAUCCAUGAUUAAUUUAAUCCAAGAGUGAAAGUGUUCAAUAUCAAGAUGGUUAUUGAGAUUAAGCGAGUAGUUUUUCAGCUGGUCAUGUGAUUCUAAAAUGGCCGCCCCCAUGAGAGCAACCCUCCACCAUGUAGAAUAAAAUAGCUUUUAUAAGGUCACUGAUAUGACUAGAGUCCUCAUCUCAUGUGAGCGGUCAUGAUUUUAUACAUGUUUCAAAAUUACAAUUAAAUUCUUUAGGAGUAAAACAUUUUUUUUUUUAGUGGGGAAAAAAUAACUGAGUGCAUCUUUAACACAUACAGCUAUAUUAAUAUAAUGUAAAGAUAAACAUACUAGUGACAGUGCUGUUACGAAAGUGUUUUUUGUUUGUUAGAACUGUAGAAUUUUUGAGGGAACCAGGCAUAAUAAGUCUUACAGAAAGAGAGCCAUUGACAGCAACAGCAACACACCAAGCUGACGGUCAGGCCAUCGUUGAGCAUCUGUCAGCCUAGUUUUUGCAUUGUGUUCCACACCGUUGGCACUAGUCGGACCCCCGUCAGCGACUUUUCGGCCGAUUGAGCAUGUUGAAUCGGCAGCGGAGCCUGUCGGUGAGAAAGAUCAGUCUGAUUGGUUGUUCAGCUUAGUGAACCAGUGCACGAGAAGAAAAAUGGAAGUGACGAAAGCAAGCAAACGACAAAAUCAAGAGGGCACAUACACAGAAGGCUUUUCUCAUUUUUCAAUAGACCAAGGGCUGACAACGCCAAUGCCAUUUGUAACUUAUCAGACAUAUUCGAAGAAGCUACAUUACGAAUCCAUGUGGUGAGCGAGAUGUGAAAAUGAUGUUCAUCAUGAGAGAGCAGGUGGAUGUGAUUCACACUGGAGAACAGCAGAUGCUGCAGACACCAGUGAAGAUGUGUUCAGUGAAGCUGCUGGACUGCAGGAACCUGAUGAAGAUGAGAGGAGAAACCACAGCAGAGGAACAACAGAGUGAUGAAGAUGAUGAUGAACAGCAGAUGUUGCAGACAUCAGUGAAGAUGUGUUCGGUGAAGCUACUGGACUGCAGGAACCUGAUGAAGAUGAGAGGAGAAACCACAACAGAGGAACAACAGAGUGACGAAGAUGAUGAUGAAACCACAGCAGAGGAACAACAGAGUGAUGAUGAUGAUGAAACCACAACAGAUGAACAACAGAGUGAUGAUGAUGAUUUUAUUCCUUCAGCGUCUUGCACAGGAUCGCGGCAUUUUUCGACACCAAUUAAAGAACUGAUGGAAGUGGAGGAGAAACGUCAUGAUUUCAUAACUGGAGAAAAACCUUUGAGUGGCUCAAAGAAUAAAAAUAAUUCCUCAACAAAAAAGCCUCGAAGAAGAGCAGCCAAGAAAUCUUUCACCUGCUCUCAGUGUGGAAAGAGUUUCACACGUAAAAGCCAUCUUAAUAAACACAUGAGGGUUCACACUGGUGAGAAGCCUUACACAUGCCAUCAGUGUGGAAAGAUGUAUGCGUAUUCAGACCAUCUCAAGAAUCACCUUCGUUGUCACUCUGGAGAAAGACCAUUUGAAUGUGAUAAGUGUGGGAAAACAUUUGUUCUGGCACACUACCUAAGAAACCAUCUGAAAACUCACACAAAAGAGAAACCUUACAAGUGUUCAUUUUGUGGAAAGAGUUUUACUCGCAUGUACUAUUUUAAAGAGCACCAGAAAAUACAUACCGGUGUGGGAGCUCAUAUGUGCUUUGAAUGUGGGAAAACCUUUAUUACAGCCGGCAGUUUGAAUAAGCACCAAAGAUUUCAUACUGGAGAGAAACCAUACAAGUGCUCACACUGUGGAAAGAGUUUCACUCUGUCACAUGACCUGAAAACACAUGAGAGAAUUCAUACUGGAGAAAAACCUUACAAGUGCUCACACUGUGGAAAGAGUUUCAUUCAAUCAGUAAACCUGAAAACACAUGAGAGAACUCAUACUGGAGAAAAACCAUACAAGUGCUCACACUGUGGAAAGAGUUUCACUCGGUCAGAACACCUGAAAACACAUGAGAGAAUUCAUACUGGAGAAAAACCAUACAAGUGCUCACACUGUGGAAAGAGUUUCACUAUGUCACAAAACAUGAAAAUUCAUUUAAGAAUUCAUACUGGAGAAAAACCAUACAAGUGCUCACACUGUGGAAAGAGUUUCACUCUGUCAAAAAACAUGAAAACACAUGAGAGAACUCAUACUGGAGAAAAACCUUACAAGUGCUCACACUGUGGAAAGAGAUUCAUUCAAUCAGAACACCUGAAAACACAUGAGAGAACUCAUACUGGAGAAAAACCAUACAAGUGCUCACACUGUGGAAAGAGUUUCAUUCAAUCAGAACACCUGAAAACACAUGAGAGAACUCAUACUGGAGAAAAACCAUACAAGUGCUCACACUGUGGAAAGAGUUUCAUUCAAUCAGAACACCUAAAAACACAUGAGAGAACUCAUACUGGAGAAAAACCAUACAAGUGCUCACACUGUGGAAAGAGUUUCACUCUGUCACAAAACAUGAAAGCACAUGAGAGAACUCAUACUGGAGAGAAACCAUACCACUGCUCUUCAUGUGAGAAAAGUUUCAUCUCAGCAAGUUCUUUAUGGCAACAUGAAAAAAAGAAUUGCCCGAGUAGUCACUGUGAGCAAGAAUAAUCUUCUGGUCCAAUGAUAUCAAGUAAAUAGUGAUAAUAAAUUCAAAGAUGGAAUUUCACUGUAAAAAAUCAUUUUGAUAUUUAGUUGUAUCAAGGUGAUAUUUUUGGAUACUGCCAUCAUGUAAAACGUAAAUAAUUGCUAAACAUCUAUUGCUAAACACUCAUGCAUGGUGAACGUACGCAAGUUUGUAUCUUUACUAUGACUAGUGACUAAUGUGGACCUGCUUACAAAAGCGACUGCAGUCUGAACAGAAAAAAAUAAUCUGAUCUGUCCACAUAUAACCUGCAGUUUCAACAGUCAGUCUAAAAAAAAUCAGAUUUGAGAAAUCUGAAAAUAUAUAUAUUUUUUUCCUGCAUAUGUGGCUCCUAACCAAACUAUUGUGUGUGCAGCUGUGUCUUAAGGUGAGACCAUUCUACAGUGCAAUGAAUGCAGAGCUAACAUGACAUGAAAGUUAGCAUCUCUGAAUACUAACUAUACCAGGGCUCGACAUUAACGCUUGUCCAGGACAAGUGGAUUUUUGAAGGGGCAAGUGAUAGAGAAAUCUACUUUAAAGGGCAGACUUUUUCUUAGCACCUACAUAAACUCUAAAUGUUUUCGAGAGAUUUUCUAGGUGUAGUGAGAUUUCUACUACACCUUCCAGAGUUGUAUAUUUGUGUUCAGAAUCAGUGUGGUCCCCCCCCCCCCCAAAUAAAUAAAUAAUCGUAUUGAAAUGUAAAGAUGUGACUGAAUAAACUUUGAAAAUGUCUUUUGUGAACCAGGACCUCAUUCCACCCCCUGUAUCUCAUCCAUUUUUUGGAGUUGUGCCCACACCUCUUUAGUAUUCCUCAAUCUUUCUCUUGUGUAACACACAAAAAAACCAAAAUUUCAAAAAAAUCUGUUUUUAUAAUGGCUUAAGUACCAAAAGUGUAUAGGGUCAUUAAAAACCCUAGGUAUGUAAUUGUGUUUUAUUUUUUUUAUUUUUUUUGCACUUCUGUUAUAUUUUUAUGAUUAAUUCAAAUGUACUCAAGGUGGCACUGUUGUUUCAGUGAUUGACUGGAUUUAUAUUGGACAUUGCUAUUUGAUGUAGAAAUAAGGUGGAAGUAAACUAUAGCAAGUGUAACACAUGAACAGUAUGAUAUGACAGUAAGAUUGCCAUUUUGGUGUAUUACUGAAAUUAUGUAAGUUGUGCAUGUAUUUAGACUCAAUAAGUGCCUGAGAAAAUACAUAUGUGUAGCUUAUUUGUAUCUUAUGUGUUAAAUGUUGCUCACUAUGUGUUUGACAGCCAGUUGUGUGAAUAUAAUGAAUCCUGUUCUAGAUUUGUCCUGAUUAUCUCUUUGAUAUAUGAAAAAUAAAACAUCAGAAAAUAUUUAAUUCUAUUAUUUUCUAAUUGGACUGCCCGGGCUGCACUACACGCCGGGAAGCCUGGGUCGGUCAGUUGGAGUUGCGGGGUGCCGGGACAUGUUCAGGACCAGUCAUGGAGAUGGGGACAUGGGUCCGGGUCCCGACACGACACAGACCGCCCCGAUCGAGCAGGGAUGUAUUGUAUAGUGUUAAGAAUUAAGGGCCAUACAUACCAAGCCCUGGUGGAUUCUGGCUGUAAUCAAACCUCAGUUCACCACAGCUUGGUUCAUAACGGGGAUUUGGGUGCAAAACACAAGGUGAUGGUGAGGUAUGUGCAUGGUAAUGUUCACAAGUAUCCUGUAGUGAUAGACAUUAUUCAAUUCCGGGGGGACAAGCAUAGAGUGGAGGCCGCGGUUAAUUCCCGUCUCACCCGUCCUGUAAACCAAAGUCUCGGUGUGUGAUGUGUCACACAAUGGCUGGGGUGGCGGAGCCGUGGCCGUCUAUGGCUGCUCAGUGUCAGAGUGAUGCAGGAGGGGAAUCCUCUGGCAUUCCCAUCCUUAGGGAAUUCCUGGAGGGGGAUUUCCCUCUAGAGCAGUCACGUGACGAAACACUUAAGCACACAUUUGACCAAGUGAGAGUGAUCGAUGGCCAGCAGCUCCAGUCUGACGGCACACUCACAUAUCCAUAUGUUUUUAUCAUUAGGGACCGGUUGUAUCGAGUGAUGCAAGACACUCAAACCUAUGAAAAUACAACCCAGUUAUUAGUCCCGAAGGACCUUCGGGAAAAACUUUUCCAGGCGGCUCACCAUAAUCCUAUGGCAGGACACUUAGGACAAGAAAGGACACUGCACCGGUUAAUGGCCAUCUUUUAUUGGCCGGGCAUUCACGGGGAUGUGCGCAGAUGAUGUGCGGCAUGCCGCGAAUGUCAGUUGGUGAAUCCACCGGCCACCUCAAGAAUGCCAUUACGCCCGUUACCAUUAAUUGAGGCCCCUUUUAAAAGAAUUGGUAUGGACCUCGUCGGGCCAUUAGAAUGGUCAGCACGUAGAUAUCGUUUUGUAUUAGUCCUGGUGGAUUAUGCAAUGCGAUAUCCGGAAACGGUGCCAUUGUGCAGUAUCUCGGCACGCAGUGUUACGGAGGCACUCUUCAAAAUAAUCUCCCAGGUGGGGAUUCUGAAGGAAAUCCUCACCCAUCAAGGCACAACAUUUAUGUCACUUACACUGUGCGAACUUUAUGAAUUGCUGGGGAUUAAAUCAAUUUGCACCAGCAUUUACCACCCACAAACUGAUGGGCUGGUCGAACGAUUUAAUCGAACCCUAAAGAAUAUGAUUCAUAAAUUUGUGCGCAAGGACACUAGAAACUGGGACAAAUGACUGGAACCCCUAUUAUUUGCAGUCCGGGAUGUCCCGCAAGCCUCCAUGUGGUUUUCCCCCUUCAAGCUCCUGUAUGGAUGUCAGCCCUGCAGGGUGCUUGACGUCAUAUGGGAGGCGUAGGAGAAAGGACCUUCCCAAAAGCAAAAAUUUAAUUCAGGAUAUCCUUGAUCUUUGAGCAAAGCUGCACAUGCCAGGUCGGUUGUCACAGGGAAAUUUGCUCCAAGCUCAAGAGAGACUAAUAAUAAUAACACUAUAAUAGGGGUGCCCAGCUAUGGGAAUUUGCACUGGGAGACAAAGUCCUUGUAUUACUGCCCAAAUGGCAAGGACCCUUUAAGGUUACGAGUCGGGGAUCUUGAUUAUGAGGACGAACUAAUGGAUAGAGGCGGAGCACGUCAAAUUUACCACCUCAACCUCCUUAAAUUAUGGAGAGAGGCAGUCCCCGUGUCCAUGGCAAUGGUAGUUCCAGAGAGGGCAGAGCUCGGGCCGGAGGUGAAGUUCAAAGCCGAUUCAUUCACUCCGGUCCCUAGUGGAGACCACCUCUCACUGUCCCAGCUCGCGGAGGUGGCCAAGUUGCAAAAGGAAUUUGUGGGGUUCUCCCCUCUUUCCGGUCGUGUGAACCGCAUAUAACAACAUAUCGAGACUCCGCUGGGGGUAGUAGUACGUAGUCGGCUGUACUGCUUGCCCAAACACAUGAAAAAUGUGAUUCGGGACGAAUUAGAGGCAAUGCUCGAGAUGGGAGUAAUAGAAGUAUCACACAGUGAAUGGGCCAGUCCAGCUGUUCUUGUGCUUAAGAGCGAUGGGUCAGUCCGGUUCUGUGUAGAUUAUCGAAAAAUCAACGUGAUGUCAAUUUGACGCAGACCCAAUGCACGAAUUGACAAACUGCUCGAUUGGUUGGGUGUGGCUCAAUUUUAUUAGACACUGGAUUUAACAAAGAGGUAUUGGCAGAGCCCCUUAACUCCAUUAUCCAGAGAAAAAAAUUGCGUUUUCCAUACGGUUCAGAUUACACCAAUUCGUCAUUCUUCCGUUUGGUUUGUUUGGGGUUCCAGCGCCUCAUGGAUAAGAUUCUCCAGCCGCACGCCGCACACACUGCUGCCUAUUUAGACGAUAUUAUUAUAUACUGUAACAAUUGGCAGAGGCAUACGCAGCAUCUGAGAGCCGUCCUAGGUCGCUGAGGCAGGCGGGGCUCACAGCAAACCCGAAAAAGUGUGCAAUUGGAUGGGAAGUACGGUGUCUGGGAUCCACUUGGGUCAUGGCUAGGUACGGCCCCAAGUUGAUAAGACCCCAGCGAUACCGGCUUGCCCAUGACCCAAGACCAAAUAGGAGGUUUAUGGGGCUGGCAUCUACUGAAGUUUUGUGUCUAGUUUCUCUGAUGUCACUAGCCUCUUGACUGAUCUCACUAAAAAGGGGGUGCCAGUCUGGUCCAGUGGACUGAUGCGUACCAACAGGCUUUCACGAGAGUGAAAUCUGCACUCUGUGGCAGGCUGCUUUUACAUGCUCCAAACUUCUCUCUCCCUAUCAUUUUACAGAUGGAUGCAUCAGAGAGGGGGUUGGGGGCCGUGCUUUCGCAGGAAGUGGAGGGUGUAGAGUGGCUCGUGCUGUACAAUAUUCGUAAGCUCUCACUGAGGGACACUAAGUACAGCACGAUUGAGAGAGUGUCUGGCCAUCAAAUAGGCUGUCCUAACCUUCCGCUAUUACCUGCUGGGGCGGGACUUCAUCCUCUGCUCGGAUCACGCCCCGCUUCAGUGGCUCCACCACGUGAAGGAUGCCAACGCGCGGAUCACUCGUUGGUACCUGGUACUUCAGCCGUUCAAAUUUAAGGUGAUCCACAGGCCGGGGCUGCAAAUGGUUGUGGCUGAUUUCCUCUCCAGGAAUGGGGGUGGGGUUCACAGGCCGGACGGGGCCCAGGCCUGUGUCGGGCAGUGGGGGUAUGUGGAGGGAAAGUGCUCGUGUGUCAGGCAGUGAGGAGAGAGGAAACGGUAAGAGCCAUCACCUGGUGAUUUUUGACUCUAAACACCUGUCUCUCAUUUCAGUGACGGCGGAGACUGACUUUAAAAGGCUGGCGGAAUGCCAGACCGGGAGAGAGAGUUUGAGUCAUACACAUAUACACACAAUCCUAACUGGAGCUGAACACUGUAAAGCUGUUUAUGUAGAAUCUCUGAGUUUAUGUUGACUGUUAUCACUGAAGCUGAUGAGUGUGAACUGAAGUUCUUGUUAAAAGACAAAAGUGUGACUGAAAUCCUGACAAUAAAAGUACAUUCAUGUG